AUGUCUUCCCAUGUCCAACAGUCAAUUCCUCCUGGGCUGCUAUCGUUGCUAGUUACAAAAUAUGAAGAGAAAUCUAAGAAACAUGCCAUUCAGAAUUUAUACCGGCUACAGGUUGAAUCUUAUAAAAAUGACUCUGGAAAAUAUGAGUGUCCUAUUUGUCAGAAAUCAUAUGUUCAUUUCAAACAUUUAAGAAGACACAAUAGACAGCAUACGGGUUAUAGACCACACGUAUGUCACAUUUGUAGAGAUACCUUCUGUCGAAGUGACAUUUUAAAGCGUCAUUAUGAAAGAUGCUUUUCAAAGUUCAUCGCCACUGGUAAGCUAUCAGCAAAGAGCAGGGUACCUAAAGUUUCAAAGGAGUAUGUCCAAAGUGCAAACUCACCACCAUUAACCGACACACCAUUACCAGACCAGCAUCUCUCCACCACUGAUCCUGUCACACUUCCUGGAAACAUGAUGGGAGGCACUGAUACGAACUCUAAAUUAAACUACACACCAACAUUUUAUCCUGCCCAUCCAUCUCCACCAUCGCUAGAUUAUAUACAAUCCAGAGAUGAAUUCAGACAAGUUGUACCUCGACAGCCAAUAUAUUCAAGUGACAACAUUUCAAUUAUGCCAAUCGACAGUCCCGAGUAUAUAUCAAGUCCCGGGCCGCCUAACUGUCCAGGAGCUGGCCCGCUUAUAAAACAAGAAGAACUUACGCCACCUGCCUUUGAGUCCUAUUCAGCCAGGGAUUCAUGUACGUCUUUGGUUUCUCCGGUUAGCCUUGAUGAGACUGUAAACUCAUUACCAAUUACUGGUAUAGUUGAUGAUACCCCACCUACAGAAAAUGAAUACUUCCCUAGAUUCGUUUCAAAUAUCCGUAAACCUGGGCAAUUUUAUUGCGAGGAUACGUAUGGAUAUAGACCAGAUCAGACUACUAUCAUUGCAAAUGGUCCUAGGAUAAUAUCCGUAAGCUCGGCUUCUAAUGACAUUGUUCUCCGAUGGUUAGAGCCUGACUGGUAA